CAAGUUAUUUUUAAUAUUUAAUUUGAUUUAAAAUUUAAAAUUUUAUUUAUUUUUUAUUAAUAUUUUUUGAAAAAUAGGGUAAAGCCAGACAAGUAGAUGGAGUGUCAAAAAAGUUCAUUAAUUAUUUAAAAGGUCAGCAUAGUCAGGUUGAAAUUUGUGGCUUGAAAAUUAAUAUUCUACAGAAUUGGGAUCUUUGGCUCAAUUAUGGAGUGUCCCAGUCUAAUUGGCUUGAAGUUGGAAAUCAGGUACCUAAUUUAAUGGACUUUAGAGUAUUUAAAGUUUCAUUUUUUAUGUUGCGUUGGAGUCAUUGACUUGGAGUUUUGCUUUGCACACCAAGGCUAUAACACACAAGCCAUUCUGCAUUUCUUACUUCAUCAUACAUCUCUUCAAUUUGUUUUUCUAUUAUCAAGGGCCAAUUUCCUACGCCAACAAUGGCUGAUGCACUCGUUUAUGUAGUUCUACAACAAUUGGCUUCAACAACAUAUCAGCAAAUAGAAAAAGAGGUGAAAUUGGUCUUGGAUGUUAAGAAAGAAGUUGCAAAAAUCACCAGCAAUCUCAAAGCUAUUCAAGCCGUUCUCGAUGAUGCAGAGAAGAGGCAAGUGAAGGAAGCCGUCGUGAGAGAUUGGUUGGAUAAGCUGACAGAUGUAUCGUACGAGAUGGACGACGUGCUGGACGAGUGGAACACUAAAAUUUUGAUGCAACAAGUUGACAACCAAGAAAAAGAAGGUGAUAUAACUCUUCUUGUUACCAAGAAGAAGGUACGUUUGUUUAUUCCCUUCGAUUGCUUUUGUUUUGGCCAUGUCAGUCGAGUAAUUCUUCGUCGCGACAUUAAGCUUAAGCUAAAAGAUCUGAAUAACAAGUUGACUGUGAUUGCUAAAGAACGAAAAGCAUAUAAGUUUCAACACACAGAAGGAAGAGUUGAACAACCUGAACGGCAAAAAAGUUCAUCGUUUGUUGAUAUAUCUAAGACAUUUGGCCGAGAAAAUGAAAAAGAUAUUAUAGUAAACAAGUUGUUGAGUGAGAGUAGUCAAGAAAUUGUAACGGGUCCCCUUGUUAUCCCCAUUGUGGGGAUGGGAGGAAUGGGAAAGACAACUCUUGCACAACUAGCCUAUAAUGAUGAAAAUGUAAAAGCGCAUUUCGAAAGGAGAAUAUGGGUUUGUGUCUCUGAUCCUUUUGAUGAGAUAAAGAUUGCCAAGGCCAUCAUUGAUGGUAAUGGAACCCCAAACUCAGAUGAAUUGGAAGCUUUCUUGCAAUGUAUGUCAAAAUCUAUAGAAGGGGAAAAGUUCCUCCUUGUCCUAGAUGAUGUGUGGACUCAAGACCACAGAAAGUGGGAACAAUUAAAGUUACCUUUGCUGAAAGGUGCUAUGGGUAGUAGAAUACUGGUGACCACACGAAAAGAGGAAGUUGCUAUUAUGAUGGGAGCAAAGAGGAGCCACAUGAUCCAUUUGAAGCAAUUGAGUGAAGAAUCAUGUUGGUCCUUAUUUUAUCACCUUGCAUUCUUUGACAAGGAAGAAGAUGAAUCUAAUGUGUUUGAAGCUAUUGGUAAGGAAAUUGUCAAAAAGUGUAAGGGUUUGCCUCUUGCUGCAAAGGCUUUAGGUAGUCUCAUGCGCUUUAAGAAAACUAAGAAAGAAUGGGAAGAUGUCUUGCGCAGUGAGAUAUGGGAACUUGAAGAGGUUGAACAAGAAGUUUUUCAACCGUUAUUGCUAAGUUAUUAUGAUUUGGCGUCGGGGGUCAAACGUUGUCUUUUGUAUUGUGUUAUUUUUCCAAAAGAUUAUGAGUUCAAUAAAGAUAAUUUGAUUGAGUUGUGGAUGUCACAAGAUUAUCUUAGUUUGGAAAGAAACCAAGAAAAGGAAAUAGUAGGUGAAAACUAUUUCAAUAACUUAGUAAUGCGGUCAUGGUUUCAAGAUUUUAAGAAAGAUGACAACGGCAAUACUACCGUCAAAAUGCAUGAUAUUGUGCAUGACUUUGUGCAGUUUCUUAACCAAAGGGAAUGUUACAUCAUGAUUGUCAAGGAUGCUAACAAGAGAAUUGAGCUACCAAGUGAUAAGGUCCGCCAUUUGACCUUAAUCCUUGCAUCGGAUAACCAAAUUGCAUGUUCUAUUUCAUUAUCACCUCCUGUUUCAUUUGACAAUUGCAAAGUUCUGCGCACCCUGUCAUGUUUUGAUUCAAGAAUCACUAGCUUAGACCCAGAUCUCAUUUUGCAAUUGAAAGGCCUUAGGACAUUAAAUUUGAGUGGUAACAUUUUCAAUGAACUUCCAAAGGAGAUUGGCGAAUUGAUACAUUUGAGGUACAUUGAUUUGUCUGGUAAUCAUCAUAUGAAUGAAUUACCAAACACUAUGUGUAAUUUAUACAAUCUACAAACCUUGCACCUCACUGGGUGCAGGCAGCUUGCAAAACUACCUAAGGCCAUAGGGAAGCUGAUUAACUUAAGGCAUCUUCAUAUUAAGAGCUGUUAUGCGUUGAAGUACUUGCCAAAAGGGAUUGGGAGAUUAAGAAGUCUGCAGGUAUUAGAUGGGUUUAGUGUAUGUGCUGCUGACAACAGUGAAACACUCCAGUUAGGUGAUCUGGGAAUCUUGGACAAGCUUCAGGGUAGCCUUUUUAUCAAAGGGCUGGGGAAUGUGAGAGACGCUAGUGAGGCUGAGAAAGCACAAUUAGCGAAUAAAAGACACAUCCUUUGUUUGGAACUAGAUUUUUCGAAUGGAGAUAAGCGACGACAAGGAGAAAGAGAUGGAGAAAUGCUGAGUUUCUUAGAACCACCUCAAAGUUUGGAAUUUUUAAGCAUUAGUUGUUACUGUGGCGGCACCUUCAGCUCUCCCAACUGGAUGAUUUCUCUACCUAAUUUGAGAACCCUUGUUCUUCGUUCUUGGAAAAAUUGUGAUUUUUUGCCUCCUCUUGGGAAAUUGCCGUCCCUUCAAAUAUUGAGCAUAGAUGAUAUGCCUAGUGUGAGAAAGGUUGGAGCUGAAUUUUUGGGAAUAAAAGAAACUUCAGCAUUGUUAAAAUCAUCCUCACCAACUGUUUCAUUCCCAAAAUUGAAAAAGCUCAGCUUCUCUGGAAUGUGUAGUUGGGAAGAAUGGGAAGGAGUGGGAGGGUCUGCGGAAGAGGAUUCUGAAGUUAGAAUAAUGCCAUGCCUUUCUUCAUUGGAUAUUCUUAAGGCAGACAGCCUACAAACACUGCCCGACUUCCUGCGAAAGACACCACUGCGCGAUUUGACUAUCUAUAAAUGCUCUGUAUUUCUUGAACACAGUUGCCAAGAACGCAGAGGAGAGGAGCAUCUCAAGAUUUCUCACAUCCCAAACAUCGAAAUUAACUAUAAGAGUGUUCGAGAAGACGGAGUUUGGAUCCAGCAAGAGGAUGAAACCGAGGAAACGGAUAGUUCUGACUCUGAUGAGGAUGAUGAUGGGAUUGCACAAGAAUAGGAUGUCGUGUAUUACAAGUCAUCUUAGCUGCAUUUCCAUAGGUGCUCUGCCAAUCCCCUGUUCACUCCUUCUGGUGAGUACUAUAUGCAGAAAAUGAUUAUCUAUGGUCAUUUAAAUAGCAGCAAGUAUUGCAAGCAUCUAUUUGGGAGGCAGAAUUUAAAGUUGCAGUGGCUGGAGUCCCCAAGACAUGAUGCCCUUCUGAAGAACAUCACCAUGCUUCAUGCACAGAUCAUUCUGAAGCAUAAAGAAUUAAAAACAGCAAUGGAGUUGACAAGUCCCUUAAUACAGAUCCUAAGUAGGAUUUUCAAGUGGUGCAACAUCAUCAAGGAAUUUGGUCCAGCAUUCUGGCAAACAUUUGACUGAUUGAUGAGGCUCUUACCUAAGCUAGGCAUGGGAUUUUGUUAUUUCAGUGGCUGAAGCUUUUCAUGGCAUGGAAGCUGAUUUGGAUGCUCUACCCGGAAACAGAAUGGGACUGGAAGUUUAUGUGGGAGCUGCAUCUUCUCCUAAGCUACUUCUGCUGACUCAUUUGUUUUGGCAUGCUCCCCUAACCAAUGAGCUGUGAGAGGACUACUUUCAACAGGGGGAAAAAAAAAGAAAUGACAUGAACAAGACUCAUAUUAACACAAAUUGGAUCCCGCCAGCUCCCUUCCCCCUCUUAAUCUGAAGGAUGGCAGCACCGAUGCAUCUGAAUUUUCUCACUUUUCUGAUGAGUUGAUGCACACACAAGGUCUUAAUCAAGGAAUUGGCCGGCUCAAAUGUUUUAUAUUACAAUGUCAUACAACUACCUUUUUGGGGGGACAAUGUCAAUAUACAAUUACUAGAUGUAUGGCUAUGACUAGAAUUUAGAGAGCAAAACGUGCAUUUAUGUAUUGGUGAAGGUAUCUCUAUGAAAUUAAAAAUGUAAAGAAAUCUUCGAUC